GCUAGAGUGCCAGUCUAGCGUGGGCGCACGAAGCGGUACCACGUGCUACGACCUUUCUCCCCGUCGUCAUAUCUUCCGCGCCACCACGUUUACGUGAGAAAUACUUCCAAUAUGAAAACAUUUAUUUUUUUUAUUUUUUUCUCAUUCAAAAAACACAUCAUUAAUAUCCACUAAAUAGUGCGCGAGUGAAAAAUACCAAAAGAGAAAUUUUUUUUAGCAAAUACUUAUAAACUUUAUGACAGUUUUAAAAUUAGUGUACUUCAAUACUUUGGUGUGAAACGUUUUCGUGAUGUGAUUUCAAACGUUAGAAGGAAGUUCGUAAAAUCGAUGGCCCAAAUUUAUUACAAAUAAGUGUUGAUGAGAAUGUAAACAACAAUGUCUUCCUGGAAUUGGGAAGAAGCACAAAAGAUACAUACAAAGAUUAUCUUAGGAUACUGGAAGGAUGAAUUUUAUAAUCUAAAAACCAAAAUCCCGUAAGCAAGAUGUCGAGAAAGAUGCUAAACUCACAAUCUGAAAUUGCGCGAUAAUGUGGAAGUCGUUACCACGAACUAAACGAAAGUGGCGGGAUCCACCGUCAGGUAGAGGAUGGGAACGAAACCGCCAUCAUCGGACAAGUGCUUUUAUACUCUACUUGGCAUUUCUGGCUGUCUGUAUAACGAUUCAGGAAACGCAGAGUGCUGAAUGCCCUCCUUCCGAUUCACUGGCAGGGUGUCCUUGCUACAAUUUUCAGGAUGGACUGUUUCUCGAGUGUGCUGGUUCGACAGAGGAAUCUUUGAGAACUGCAUUAUCAGGAGUACUUCAUACUGGAAAACCGGAGGGUGCCUUAAUACAAUCAUUAAGUGUCUACGAGGUGGAUCGAAAGAUGCAAGAGUUGAGAGCAGCCGCUUUUCCAACUGGUUCACAAAUUCGACAUUUGCAAAUUUCGCAAUCGAACAUACGCGAAAUAACUCAAGACGCGUUUAAAAGAUUAGAAUUCAGUUUGGAAUCCCUAGCCAUAGUUUCCAGUAAACUUCCAAACGUUCCACAGCAAGCACUCGCUCCACUUGUUCGAUUGGCUGCUCUAGAUCUUGAAGCGAAUCUCAUUCACGAUCUAACCAGCUAUAUAUUUUAUGGACUAUCUCUUGUCAAACUUAAUCUAAAGGGAAAUCAAAUCACAAAAAUUUCCGAAUACGCAUUCGCAGGACUCGAGGACACUCUCAAGGAUCUCGAACUAACGGAGAAUAAAAUAAAAAUCUUUCCAAUGACAGCAUUAAGACGCCUGGAACAUUUAACAUCAUUGAGACUUGCAUGGAAUGAGAUAUCGAAAUUGCCCGAGGAUGGUUACUCGCGAUUGGAUAGGCUCAAUUUCUUAGACUUAAGUAGUAACAAUUUCCAAAUUAUUCCAUUAAACUGCUUUCGAUGUUGUCCCUCUCUCAAGACCCUCUCACUCUACUACAAUGCUGUCGAAUCUGUUGACAAGGAUGCAUUCAUAUCAUUGAAGGAUCUCGAAUCAAUAGAUCUUAGCCACAACAAAGUAGUAUUUCUAGAUAUAGCAACAUUUCGUGCCAAUCAAAAGUUAAGAUCCAUUGAUCUUAGCCACAAUCACAUUCACUAUAUACGUGGCGUUUUCUCGAGAUUGCCUGAACUCAAGGAACUCUUUCUAGCUGAAAACAAUAUCCUCGAAAUACCGGCUGAAACCUUCUCUGGCAGUUCCAGUCUCACUGUAAUAUAUCUUCAACAAAAUGCCAUCAGACGAAUCGAUGCCAAGGGUCUUGUGACGCUCGAUCAUUUGGCACAAUUGCAUCUUAGUGGGAAUUACAUAGAAAAAGUACCACGUGACUUUCUUCAACAUUGCGAAAAUUUGUCCACUCUCUCUCUAGAUGGUAACAACAUCAGAGAAUUGGAAGUUGGUACUUUUGCCAAAGCCAAUCAUCUGAAAGAAUUGCGACUUCAGGACAAUCAGAUAACAGAGGUGAAAAGGGACGUUUUUGCCCCGCUACCCCGUCUUCUUGAAUUACAUCUUCAAAAUAAUGCAAUCACAGACAUGGAAACUGGUGCUCUAAGAUCCCUACACAGUUUGCAACAUGUGAAUCUUCAAGGAAAUCUUUUGGCAGUAUUAGGCGACGUCUUUCAAAUUUCCAACGAAGUCGGACAAAAUGGCAAUGGUGGAGGCAGUUCUCUGGUUUCGAUUCAGCUAGAUAAUAAUGGUCUUGGUGUACUGCACAACGAUUCGCUGAGGGGUCAAGCAUCGGUGCGUAUAAUGUGGUUGGGACAUAACAGACUAACUCGUCUUCAAGCGCCUUUGUUUCGUGAUCUCCUUUUAGUGGAGAGACUCUACCUCACCAACAAUUCAAUAUCUCGCAUUGAGGACAACGCCUUCUUACCCAUGCAAGCCCUCAAAUUCCUAGAUCUCAGUAUGAACAGAUUGAAUCACGUAACUGUAAAGACAUUCUCCGAGCUUCAUGAACUUGAGGAACUCUACUUGGGUGACAAUGGACUUCGUCGAAUGGAUGCAUAUGCCUUGACAGCACUGAAACGAUUGCGAGUUCUCGAUCUGUCCAACAAUCAUCUCAAUGUUCUGCACGACAGCAUCUUUCAAGAAGGUCUGCCAAUUAGAACACUUAGUUUGAAAAAUUCAUCAGUCAGCAUUAUCGAAAGAGGCACAUUUCGAGGCUUGAAUAAUCUUUACGAACUAAAUUUGGAACACAAUCAUCUCACUGCCUCGGCGCUUGAUCGCCUCGAUAUACCGGGUUUACGAAUCCUCAGAAUAUCACACAAUAAUUUCAGUCUAAUUGACUGCGAUUCCCUCGACGGUCUACCAUCUCUACAACAUUUAGCCAUGGACUCUUGUCAACUUCACCGAAUACCACCAGAAUUGUUUUCAAAAAACAAAAAUUUAGGCAAAUUACUGUUGAGCAACAAUCUUCUACAAUCACUGCCAGCAUUUUUAUUUCUAGGUCUCGAUUCACUCAAGGAAGUGAAAUUGGAUGGAAAUCGAUUUCAGGAUAUCCCUUACGAAGUUUUUAUAAAUGCUUCAAAAAUCGAAUUUCUCUCAUUAGCCUACAAUAUUUUACUUCACGUGGACAUGUCUCGACUUCAGGGCUUAAUGAAUCUUCGUGAACUGGAUCUUCGAGAUAAUUAUAUAAUGUCACUAUCUGGCUUUGCAUCGGUACAUCUCUCAAAGCUCUUAUCAGUUGACUUGAGCCACAAUCAUUUGACAGCGUUGCCGGCAAAUUUUUUCGUCCAUUCAAAUCUUUUGCGUAAAGUCGAAUUAGCUGCAAACAAAUUUCGUCAGAUACCAGCAACGGCUUUAUCUGCCCAGAACAUACCAAGUUUAGGAUGGCUGAAUGUAACCGCAAAUCCUUUAGCAAGAAUUCACGAAAUCAGUUCAGAAGCGAGGUACCCUGCUUUACAGGAGGUUCACAUUUGUGGCACUAAUUUAACUAUAGUAACUAGUCAAGACUUUGAAGCUUUUCCCGCUCUAAUGCAUCUCUUUAUGGGCAACAACAUGAUUUCGAGGGUCUCACCGAGUGCCUUUCGUAGCUUGCCAAAUUUGUUAACUCUAGACCUAAGUGUCAAUGAGUUGGAAUCGUUACCACAAGAGAGAUUAAAGGGACUGGAGCACUUGAGACUGCUAAAUUUAACGCACAAUCGCUUAAAGGAAUUGGAGGAAUUCCCACAGGAUCUAAAAGCCCUCCAGGUUUUAGACUUAUCCCAUAAUCAAAUCAACGAGGUAAGAAAAGUGACGUUUCAACAUUUAGAGAACUUGGCUGAACUUCAUCUAUAUGGAAAUUUAAUUUCAAAAAUAUCGUCCGAUGCAUUUCGACUUUUAAAGAAACUUAGAAUUCUUGAUCUUAGCAAAAAUUAUUUGGAAAAUUUGCCACUUAAUGCUUUUCGACCGUUGGAAACACAAAUACGAAGUCUUAGAGCUGAAGAAAAUCCCCUUCACUGUAGUUGUGAAUCUCAAGAGCUUUGGGAGUGGCUGCGAGACCAUAAAAAACUAGUUGGCGGUGGCGUUGGACGUAAUAGGGGCAGCGGCGUUGGUGUGAACGACGUGGAAAGUGGACUUUUGAGGUGUGAACAACCACCAGAAUUGAGAGGUCUCGUUUUCCUAGACCUUGAUCCCCACACCUUCUGUUCUGCCCCCUUGGUCCUUAAACUUGCCAUUCAGGACAUACAACCAUUCUCAGUACUUGUAUCAUGGCAAAGCAGAAAUCACUCUGGUCUCCAUGGGUACCAAGUUGCUUAUCAUGCUCUGGACAACGUUGAGGAGGUGAGAGGCAAGAUGCUCGAUCCCAGUGCGCGUUCAGUAAAACUUUCGAAACUCUCGUCAAAUACGAGGUACUUAAUUUGUGUUCUGGGUCUUGGCAAUUGGUUGCCGGGUGGAAACGAGAAAAAUAAUGUAAUUGGGCAAUUUAAUGAAAGUAGAGAAGACAUUUUCGAGACAACAUCUAUUCCUGAAAUGGUUGAUUCCCUAACGAGUCGAUGCAGCGAAGUGACAACAUUAGAAGCACCUGAUGCUGUUGCCAGUAGUGACGAGUCGUCUCUGAGCGAUACCGAGGGUGUUAAGAGCAUAUUAACGAGGCGAUUGGGUCUCAUCAUUGGCUGUUGUAUGGGUUUUGUGUUUCUUGUGCUUCUUGUGUCUGUGCUCGGUUAUCUUAAGAUAAAAAAGCAACGCGAAACUGUGAAAAGGGAAAUGCAACCUAUACCACCAGAGUAUAUUUCCUAUCGACACUUCAGCAUUCAGAGUGGUGAAGCUGGGCACACUGCCAGGGUAACGGCCACAAAUCAAGAUGGUCAACAUUCCACCUUCAUGAACAAUGUUGGUAACUCGACAUUGAACGUCUAGAAUUGUUCUUUAUGUUUUUUCUUAUGAGUGUUCAUAUAGUGCUCCGCCCAAAAAGACAUUGUGACAAAAAGAAAAACUAUUUGACACACUAUUAACUCAGUUUAUUAGGAAGAAAUUUCACUGCCAGAUGGUCGACCAAUUGCCAACUUGCAGCUUGUACAUGGUAGAUUCCAUUUCAAGUUUACAACUUUAAUAAAAAUUAAAAUGGUUCAAACGUUUUUUUCUCUCGUUAUACCGAACUUCGUCAAUCAUAUUUGAUAUUUUAUAAAAACUUUAACGAUAUUAUAAAUCAUGAGAUAAAAAAAAUUUACACUGUUUCACGUCAACAGCGAAAAAAAUUAUAUUCCAAAAUUUAAGAAUAUACCUAUAAUCCACACAUUUUAUUUUUACUUGGAAUAAUUAUAAUAUGCUUAAAGUAAGAAGCAAUUAUUCAAUUUCUUAAGAAUAUUAUAUUACAAAGUGAGAAUAAAAUUGAUAUUCUUAAAUUUGGAAUAUCCUUUUUUCUCUUUGUUGAAAUCCAAUUGAUUUUAAGAGGUUCUCGCAAUCGAAAAUACAAAUUAUUAUAAUAGAAAAUACUUUUUCUUCAAAAUUUGAAAAAAAAAAAUUUCCUGUAUCUACAUUAAAUAUAUUAAUCUAAUUCCUACCGAUUCAACACGAGAAAAAAAACGUUUCUUCUCUUUAAAUUUAAAAACAUUGAAUUAAAAUCGCAAAACAAAAACAAGAAUGAAAUGCGACUCUAAAUUUUUGUAAAUAGUAAGUGUGAAAAAAAUAAAGAGACGAGUGAAUUAGUUUAGUCUAGGUUGAAAAUUGACAAUUUUAUAAUCGAUUUUCUACGAGUCUUGUUUAUUUACAAUAAACAACAGUGAUCAACAUGAAUUUAAAAAAAAAUCCGAAAAAUUUUACUAUAAUGUAAAAUCUCUUUUUCAACUAUGUUUAUAUAAAAAUGUAAAUCAUUUGUUAAUUUCUCCUUAAUAAUUAUUAUUUUCAAAUUCUCAUGUAUAUAUAUAUGUAAGUUAAAUUAAAAAUGUUUAGCAUAAAACGAUAUAAAAAUGUUUGAAAAAUAAAAUUCCUUCAAUUUAUUUAAAAAGCAUGUCCACAUUUUUGUGAAGAAUUUUAUCAUUUUGGACAUUGUAAGUAAUUUCAAAGCAAAAACGAAUAAUAUAUCUAUAUAUGUUAAAUCCGAAUAUGAGUUUUUGGUCUUUGCUCAAUUUAUGUACAUAUUAAUUUUCCUCGUGAAUGUACAGAUUGUCUAUUUAAUAUAAUGAGACAAAUAUAGUUUA